UUGAGAGUUGAGACCAGGGAUCUUGUGAAGAUACAUACUACAGUCUCCCCCAGCUGUGGAUGAAGUACAUAUCUGUCCAAGGCCUGACAACACUCAACUUUGUUACUUCAUUUUGUUACAUUAACAGCCACAGUUGCCAUGGCGGAGCGGGUGCUGGUGAUAGGCAGUGGUGGGCGGGAGCAUGCCCUGGCGUGGAAACUGGCUCAGUCCCCACACAUCCAGCAGGUGCUGGUGGCUCCGGGGAACGCAGGCACCGCCAGCAGUGGGAAGAUCUCCAACUCGGAGGUGUCUGUGAGUAACCACUCCAUUCUGGCCCAGUUCUGUAAGGAUCAUAAUGUUGGCUUGGUAGUGGUCGGACCCGAGGUGCCCUUGGCUGCAGGUGUAGUGGAUGACCUGGUGGCUGCGGGGGUUCCUUGUUUCGGCCCCUCUGCGCGGGCUGCCCAGCUAGAGGCCAGUAAGAGUUUCUCCAAGGCCUUCAUGGACCGCCACAACAUCCCCACAGCCCGCUGGAGCUCCUUCACAGACGCCCAGGAGGCAUGCAGCUACAUCUGCCAGGCCACCUUCCCAGCUCUGGUUGUGAAGGCCAGUGGCCUGGCUGCAGGGAAGGGGGUCAUCGUGGCCCGGGACCAGGACGAGGCCUGCCAAGCCGUGCUGGAAAUCAUGAAGGAUAAAGCGUUUGGCGCGGCUGGGGAAACUGUGGUGGUGGAGGAGCUUCUGGAGGGGGAGGAAGUGUCUUGCCUGUGCUUCAGCGACGGGACCACCGUGUCGCCCAUGCCCCCGGCCCAGGACCACAAGCGACUGCAGGACGGAGACCAGGGGCCAAACACAGGGGGCAUGGGGGCCUACUGCCCCACCCCUCAGGUGUCUAAGGAGAUGCUGCAGGAGAUCAGGGAGGCUGUCCUGCAGAGGACUGUGGACGGGAUGAAGGAGGAGGGCGCACCCUAUGUGGGUGUGCUGUACGCAGGCCUGAUGCUGACCAAGCAGGGCCCAAAGGUUCUGGAGUACAACUGUCGCUUUGGAGACCCCGAAUGUCAGGUCCUGAUGCCCCUGCUGAAGAGCGACCUGUACGAGGUGCUCCAGAGCACCCUGCAGGGCCGUCUGGCCUCCAGCGCCCCCCUCUGGCAGGAGGACAGUUCGGCGGUCGCCGUGGUCAUGGCCAGCGCUGGAUACCCGGGCUCCUACAAGACCGGCGUUGAGGUCACUGGCCUGUCUCAGCUGGAGGAGCUGGGGGUGCAGCUGUUCCACGCCGGCACCGCCCUCCGGCACGGCCUCCUGGUUUCCAGCGGGGGCCGCGUCCUGACGGUCACUGCCGUGAGGUCGUCCCUGGAGACGGCGCUGCACGCGGCCAAUCAGGGCGCGGCUGCCGUGGGGUUCGCCGGCGCCGUUUAUCGCCGUGACAUCGGCCACAGAGCCAUCGGCCACCUGGCCCGACACGGAGCGCUGAUUGGCAGCUGUCGACCUUUGACCUGUGCUGUCUCCACCAGAGGACUGACCUAUAAGGACAGCGGAGUGGACAUUGCCGCGGGCAACAGGCUAGUGGACCUAAUCAAGCCCAUGGCCAAGGCCACCUCUCGCUCAGGGUGCAACGCUGAGCUGGGGGGCUUUGCGGGGCUGUUUGACCUGAAGGCGGCAGGCUUCUCUGACCCCAUCCUGGUGUCCGGGACGGACGGCGUGGGGACCAAGCUCAAGAUCGCCCAGGCGUGCGGGCAGCACGGCACCCUGGGCCAGGACCUGGUGGCCAUGUGCGUGAACGACGUGCUGGCCCAGGGGGCCGAGCCGCUCUUCUUCCUGGACUACUUCUCCUGCGGGCGCCUGGACGUGGCCGUGGCCUCCUCCGUGAUCCAAGGCAUCGCCAGGGGCUGCGAGAUGGCGGGCUGUGCCCUGCUGGGCGGAGAGACGGCAGAGAUGCCGGGCGCGUACGGCCCGGGGGAGUACGACCUGGCGGGGUUCUGCGUGGGCGCCGUGGAGCGGGCCGCCCUGCUGCCCCGGCUGGGGGACGUCUGCGAGGGGGACCUGCUGGUGGGGGUGGCCUCCUCCGGGGUGCACAGCAACGGCUUCAGCCUGGUCCGCAAGGUCCUGGAGCGGGCCGGCCUGGACCACCGCUCCCCGGCUCCCUUUGGGAAGGCCGGAGAGACCAUGGGCGACGUGCUCCUCACGCCCACUAAGAUCUACAGCCGGCUGCUCCUGCCAAUCCUGCGCAGCGGGGUCGUCAAGGCCUACGCCCACAUCACCGGGGGCGGGCUGCUGGAGAACAUCCCCCGGGUCCUGCCUCAGGGGCUGGCCGUCGACCUCGAUGCGUCUCGCUGGAACAUCCCCCCCGUGUUCUCCUGGCUCCACAAGGAGGGGGGUCUGAGCCAGGAGGAGAUGGGCCGCACCUUCAACUGUGGCCUGGGUGCCGUGCUGGUGGUGUCCCCGCCGGACGCCCAGAGGGUCCUGCGCCAGCUGCAGGCCCAGGAGGAGGCCUGGAUCGUGGGCUCGCUCUCCCACAAGCAGCCCGGAGCGGAGACGGUGGUGGUUCGAAACCUGGCGCCCAGCCUGCGCGUGCCCAGAGCCCAGCCCUGCGGAGACCUGGGGGGGCGGCAGGACGGGGCGGCCCACGGCGACAGCGGCGCCCCCCGCAGGAGGACCAGAGUAGGGGUCCUCAUCUCCGGCACAGGCACCAACCUGCAGGCCCUGAUGGAGCUGGCCAAGCGUCCCUCCAGCUCGGCUGAGAUCGUGGUGGUCAUCUCCAACAGACCCGGGGUCCUGGGUCUGAAGAGGGCCUCUCUGGCCGCCAUCCAAACCCGGGUGGUGGAUCAUAAGCUGUACGGCAGCCGGGCGGAGUUUGACGGCACCAUCGACCGGGUGCUGGAGGAGUUUGGGGUGGAGGUGGUGUGUCUGGCCGGCUUCAUGAGGAUCCUCACGGGAACCUUCGUCAAGAAAUGGAACGGUAAACUGCUGAACAUCCACCCCUCCCUGCUGCCCUCCUUCAAGGGGGUCAAUGCUCAGAAGCAGGCAUUGCAGGCCGGGGCGCGGGUCACCGGCUGCACCGUCCACUUUGUGGCUGAGGAGGUCGACGCUGGGGCCAUCAUCGUGCAGGAGGCGGUGCCCGUCCUGGUGAGUGACACCGAGGAGAGCCUAUCAGACCGCAUCCGGGAGGCGGAGCACCGGGCCUUCCCUGCAGCCCUGGAGCUGGUGGCUGGAGGGGCGGUGAGGCUGGGGGAGGACGGCUGCAUCGCCUGGAGCGCGGCCCCCCUGGGCUAAACCAGAACACCUCCUCCCCAGCCUACAGACCACUAGCCUGAAUACUAGCUGAGCCAUUAGAACCGGUGGUUCUGCUCCGACCAGUUCCAAGAUGAAUCUGCACAGCAUGCGAAUGGCUUUAGAAUGUGACGGAAUGUUUUGCUUGUAUGUAGUUGUGCCAAGGCUGCCUCAAAAGGAUGACCACACCAAUUUAACGAUGCUGUACCUGUCAGUGUUUACAAGGUGGCGUCGACAGCUUCGCAAAUCCAAAGCUGUUCGUCAGCCUACCUGGGACCAAACAUGUUUAUUUUCUUCAAGCUGUUUUCCCUUAUAUAUACAAAUCCCAUUUGGACCAUUGUUAUAAAAUGUCAGUCAUACAAAGUGUUGUACAAAUCGAUAAAUUCCAGCUGCAGCUGCAAUUUUGCUAUGCUCGUAAGAAUAACAUUGUAGUCGUAAUGGUUUGUUAUCAUGGAUUGGGUCUCAGCCUGUUUACACUGGAACACUAAAUAGCUAUGUGGAAAUGUGAUGUUUGUGUCCUUGCAUUAAAACUUGC